AAGUAACGAGAUCUUCUUGCCAUCCCCCAUCUCUCUCGCUCGUCGCAUCUUCCCCCGCCUCCUCGGAGCCCUAGUCAGCGCAUCCGGAACCCUAGUCCGGCCCCUGCCACUCGCCCUCUCCUCCUCCGGUCGGCCGGGAAUCCGUGGUGCUCCGGAUUUCCUCGGUUGCGAUGGAUCUCGCCGGCCUCACCGUCGUCCUCCGCGCCGCUCUCAGCCCCAUCCCCGACGAGCGGAAGGCCGCCGAGGAGAGUCUCAAUCAGUUCCAGUAUACGCCACUGCAUAUGGUGAGGUUGUUGCAGAUUGUAGUAGAUGGUACUUGUGAUAUGGGUGUACGCCAAGUUGCAAGCAUUCAUUUCAAAAAUUUUGUGGCGAAAAACUGGUCGCCUGAUGAGCCUGGUGAGGCCCAAAAGGUAUUAGAGACUGACAAGAGCAUGGUUCGUGAGAAUAUUCUUGGAUUUGUUGCACAAGUUCCGCCACUGCUGAGAGCUCAACUUGGAGAAUGCAUUAAAACAAUCAUCCAAGCUGAUUAUCCGGAAAAGUGGCCAAGUCUUCUUCACUGGAUUAAGUGCAAUUUGCUAUCGCAAGAUCAACAAGUGUUAGGAGCUUUAUAUGUAUUACGGGUUCUUGCCAGGAAAUAUGAGUUCAAGUCCGAUGAAGAACGAAUACCACUUUAUGCAGUUGUUGAAGAGACAUUCCCUCUUUUACUAAAUGUAUUUAACAAACUUGUUCAGAUUGUUAACCCAACAAUUGAAGUAGCUGAUUUAAUCAAACUCAUAUGUAAAAUAUUCUGGUCAUCCAUAUAUUUAGAGAUCCCACGACAGCUAUUUGAUCCCAAUGUGUUCGGUGCAUGGAUGGCUCUGUUCUUGAAUAUAUUGGAGAGACCUGUUCCUUUAGAAGGGCAACCAUCUGAUCCGGACGUCAAGAAAUCUUGGACAUGGUGGAAAGUCAAGAAGUGGACAAUCCACAUUUUAAAUCGUUUAUAUACUCGGUUUGGUGAUCUGAAGCUUCAGAAGCCAGAGAGCAAAGCAUUUGCUCAAAUGUUUCAAAAGAAUUAUGCUGGAAGAAUUUUGGGUUGCUACCUUCAGUUACUUAAUGCAAUUCGUAUAGGCGAAUAUUUACCUGAUAGAGUUACCAACCUUAUACUUCAAUAUCUCAGCAGCAGUAUUUCAAAGACUAGUAUGUACCAAUUGCUGCAGCCUCAGCUUGACAUCAUUCUUUUUGAGAUAGUCUUUCCACUUAUGUGUUUCAAUGACAAUGAUCAGAAAUUAUGGAGUGAAGACCCACAUGAGUAUGUUAGGAAGGGCUAUGAUAUUAUAGAAGAUUUGUACAGUCCUCGUACUGCAGCCAUGGACUUUGUGAGUGAAUUAGUUAGAAAGCGUGGGAAAGGAAACUUCCAGAAGUUCAUUCAUUUCAUUGUGGAUAUUUUUACGAGAUACAAUGAGGCAUCUGUCGAGUUCAAGCCAUAUCGUCAGAAAGAUGGUGCUCUUCUAGCUAUUGGAACGUUGUGUGAUAAACUUAAGCAAACAGAGCCUUAUAAGUCAGAGCUGGAACGCAUGUUAGUGCAACAUGUUCUUCCUGAAUUCACAAGUCCUAUUGGUCAUCUUCGAGCUAAGGCAGCAUGGGUUGCAGGGCAAUAUGCCCAUAUCAACUUUUCAGAUCAGAACAAUUUUCGCAGAGUGUUUCACUGUGUUGUCUCCGGCCUGCGAGAUCCAGAGCUUCCUGUGCGUGUUGACUCGGUAUUUGCAUUGCGCUCCUUUGUUGAGGCUUGCAAAGAUCUGAAUGAGAUUCGUCCAAUUCUUCCUCAAUUACUUGAUGAGUUCUUUAAACUUAUGAAUGAAGUGGAGAACGAGGACCUUGUUUUCACUCUUGAGACUAUCGUCGACAAAUUUGGUGAAGAGAUGGCACCAUAUGCUUUUGGGUUGUGCCAGAAUCUGGCUGCUGCAUUUUGGAGGUGCCUGGAUGCAUCAGAAUCAGAUGAUGAAGCUGAUGAUGCAGGUGCUCUAGCAGCUGUUGGAUGUUUACGUGCCAUAAGCACUAUUCUUGAAUCUGUUAGUGGGCUUCCCCAUCUCUUUGUCCAAGUUGAGCCUACCUUAUUACCUAUUAUGCGGAAAAUGCUGACUACAGAUGGCCAAGAUGUUUUUGAAGAAGUUUUAGAAAUAGUCUCCUAUAUGACGUUUUACUCGCCAACAAUCUCGUUGGAGAUGUGGAGCCUUUGGCCUUUAAUUAUGGAUGCACUUGGAGAUUGGGCUAUAGAUUUCUUCGAUAAUAUUCUUGUUCCUUUGGACAACUAUAUAUCCAGGAGUACAUCACAUUAUCUUACAUGCAAGGACCCUGACUACCAGCAAAGCUUAUGGAAUACACUGUCAACUAUAAUGUCAGACAGAAACAUUGAUGAUGCUGAUAUGGAACCUGCUCCUAAGCUUAUUGAAGUUGUCUUUCAAAAUUGUAAAGGUCAAGUGGAUCACUGGGUUGAGCCUUAUCUAAGGAUCACAAUUGAACGAUUACGUCAAGCAGAGAGGUCAUACUUGAAGUGCCUCUUGAUGCUAGUGAUUGCCGAUGCUUUAUAUUACAAUUCUUCAUUGACACUUGGGAUACUUCAUAAGCUUGGUGUGGCUACAGAAGUUUUCAAUCUUUGGUUCCAGAUGCUACAAGAAGUGAAAAAGAGUGGGAUGCGUGCAAAUUUUAAAAGGGAACAUGAUAAAAAGGUUUGCUGCUUAGGACUGACUUCACUUCUUGGCCUUCCAGCCGAUCAGUUGCCAGGAGAAGCAUUUGAACGUGUUUUUAAAGCAACACUUGAACUUCUUGUCUCUUACAAAGAGCAAGUAGCUGAAGCUAAGAAGCAGGAUGACGCUGAGGUAGAUGAUGAUAUGGAUGGCAUUGAAGAUGAUGAUGAAGAUGAGGAAGAGUCUGACAAAGAAAUGGGAGAUGAUGCUGAGGAUGGGGAUGAAGCUGAUAGUCUAAAGCUCCAAAAGUUAGCAGCAGAGGUGGCAAGAGGGUUCCAGUCAAAUGACGAGGAUGAUGACUCAGAUGAUGAUUACAGUGAUGAUGAGGAAUUCCAAUCACCGAUUGAUGAAGUGGACCCUUUUAUAUUCUUUAUCGAUACUGUCCAAGCUGUGCAAGCAUCUGAUCCCGCUAGGUUUCAGAACCUAACGCGGACCUUGGACUUCCACUAUCAGGCCCUGGCAAGUGGUGUUGCUCAACAUGCUGAGCAGAGAAGAGUGGAGAUCGAAAAAGAAAAGCUGGAGAAGGCAGCAACUCAGUGAUGUUAGUGCCGUGCUACAUUUCAGGGCUAUCCCCAUUAUUCAUUUUGUUGCCCAUUCUGUCAGUGGGAAAGAACCGAGUUUGGUUAUGGUGUCGUAGGUAGUCUCUUUGAGGAGUUGAUAUAGCCAUCAUCCACGUGAGGGAUGAUAGGGGCUGGCUUUCAUGCUCCUAGAAUUUUUGAUUCUCCUGUGAUAGGAGAGAUGAAGAUAACAGAUGCACUGCGAGAACUGCUCUGUGCUGUUAUCUUUGAUAGUUUUGUUAUGGUUUUCUGCAUGGGAGUGGCAGCUCCAUGGUGAAUUAAGUUGUCACAUAAUCUCUGUUCCUCCUUGAUCUGUUGGAAAGAGAUUCAUCAGUCUUAUCUGUCAGAGGCUAUUGCUUGAGGAAUUCUUUCUUGCGCGUAAGAUGGGUUGUCAGUAUAGAGUGUAUAGUGUGUAAUUAUUAUUCUAAGAGAUUCUACAAUGUCUUUUAUAUUGUUCGGUGGAGUCCAACAUUUAUUCGUAUCCCCCAGAAUGGGAUUGUACCUAGGACUGAGUAUUCUUUCUGGUCUACGUGCUUCUAUUGAUCUUCAUA